GAAAAACUACACACGAGCAACAUCGGAUUAACGUUCAUAAAACGAAACUUUCAUGUUUGUUUAAGUGAUGUUGACUGGGGUGUUUUAUUUGCUUUGUUGUAUCGUUGGUCAUUGUCUAGCACACGUUGCUCUUACCUAUCCACCUGCACGUAAAUAUGAUUUGGAUUUUCUCGAUAACGGAAGAACCAAAGCACCAUGUGGAAUGCCAAAAGGUGAUGCAGUCACGCAACUUCCAGCAGCAUCAGGAGCAAUGAUCAAUGUUACGUGGCAUUUAGCUUAUCCCCAUAGGGGUGGUUUUAAAUUAGAAUUAUUGGAUAAAGAUGACAAAUACCUGAUGGAUUUAACUCCUACUACACCAACUACAGAUUAUGUUGGUUCUGAAGAUACUACAGCACAAAGUUAUACUGUAUCGUUUCCUGAAUCUUUGUCAUGUAAAGGUUGUACAAUAAGACUAUUAAGACAAGCUCAGGAAUGGGGUCAUCAGUAUUUAUUUUGGAGUUGUGCUGAUGUGGAUAUCGUACCAGUGACUGACUUAAGAACUGUUUGUUCUAAUCAUGGAAAGAUUAAUGCUUUUGGACAAUGCCAAUGUGAUCAUUUGUAUUCUGGAAAUGUUUGCCAGUAUAAAGAAAAAGCACAAAGUUAUACUGUAUCGUUUCCUGAAUCUUUGUCAUGUAAAGGUUGUACAAUAAGACUAUUAAGACAAGCUCAGGAAUGGGGUCAUCAGUAUUUAUUUUGGAGUUGUGCUGAUGUGGAUAUCGUACCAGUGACUGACUUAAGAACUGUUUGUUCUAAUCAUGGAAAGAUUAAUGCUUUUGGACAAUGCCAAUGUGAUCAUUUGUAUUCUGGAAAUGUUUGCCAGUAUAAAGAUGAAUGCUGGAAUGAUGGAGAUUGUGGAUCCCAUGGAAAAUGUAUAAAUAUUGAUGCCACAACUUUUCCAAAAAAACAAUGUUUUUGUGAAAUUGGUUGGUUUGGUGAAAAGUGUUCAAAAGAAUCUGCAGUUAAAGAUAUGAAUAUUGAUUAUUCAAAAUAUUCAAAACAAGAUUUGUCAGAUGAAUUUUCUUUCUACUGGAGAAUAUUACCAGAAUCAGAAGAACUUGAAGCAGUUAUGAAAGUGAAAAGUACUAGUUAUGCAGCUAUUGGAUGGAGACCGCAUGAUAUAACAAAAUCCUGUAAAGCUUUUCCUGUUGUACAAGAAAAAAUUUUAUCAAGAAGUUUAGAACCUUCACCUCGACAUAUCGGCUAUCAAAAUGGAAAAGCUGAACCUCAACCUGAAUUAAACUUAAAUGCAGAAUCUAAAUUUAAAAGUAAAGGCAAAUCAAAACCUGAACCAGAACCAGUAGGAGAAGUUCAAUCAGAACCAAAAGCUGAAGGAAAAGCUGAACCUGAACCAAAGGCAGAAGGAAAAGCUGAACCUGAACCAGUGUUCAUUAAUGAAUGCUGGAAUGAUGGAGAUUGUGGAUCCCAUGGAAAAUGUAUAAAUAUUGAUGCCACAACUUUUCCAAAAAAACAAUGUUUUUGUGAAAUUGGUUGGUUUGGUGAAAAGUGUUCAAAAGAAUCUGCAGUUAAAGAUAUGAAUAUUGAUUAUUCAAAAUAUUCAAAACAAGAUUUGUCAGAUGAAUUUUCUUUCUACUGGAGAAUAUUACCAGAAUCAGAAGAACUUGAAGCAGUUAUGAAAGUGAAAAGUACUAGUUAUGCAGCUAUUGGAUGGAGACCGCAUGAUAUAACAAAAUCCUGUAAAGCUUUUCCUGUUGUACAAGAAAAAAUUUUAUCAAGAAGUUUAGAACCUUCACCUCGACAUAUCGGCUAUCAAAAUGGAAAAGCUGAACCUCAACCUGAAUUAAACUUAAAUGCAGAAUCUAAAUUUAAAAGUAAAGGCAAAUCAAAACCUGAACCAGAACCAGUAGGAGAAGUUCAAUCAGAACCAAAAGCUGAAGGAAAAGCUGAACCUGAACCAAAGGCAGAAGGAAAAGCUGAACCUGAACCAAAAUCUGAGGGAAGUGCUGAACAUGAACCAAAAGCUGAAGGAAAAGCUGAGCCUGAGCCAAAGGCUGAAGGGAAAGCUGAGCCAGAACCAAAGGCUGAGGGAAGUGCUGAGCCAGAACCAAAAGCUGAAGGGAAAGCAGAACCUGAGCCAAAAGCAGAAGCAGGUGCUGAGCCAGAGCCAACAGCUGAAGGAAAAGCUGAACCUGAACCAAAAGCUGAAGGAAAAGCUAAACCUGAACCAAAGGCUGAAGGAAGUGCUGAGCCAGAACCAAAAGCUGAAGGAAGUGCUGAGCCUGAACCAAAAGCAGAAGAAAGUGCUGAACCAGAACCAAAAGCUGAAGGAAAAGCUGAGCCAGAACCAAAAGCUGAAGGGAAAGCAGAACCUGAACCAAUAAUUGAAGGGAAAGAUAAGUCUGAACCAAAAAUUGAAAAAACAGAGUCUAAACAAAAUAUUGAUAGUAAAGCAAAUUCUACUCCAGAACAAAAAGAUGAAGUAAUAACACAACCAACAUCUCAUCUUCAAGGAAAACAAAUACAUGAUUCAAAAAUUGAAAGCAAAAUAGAAUCAAAACAUAAAGUAAAGCCUGAAGUUGAAACAAAUUCUGAAUCUCAACUGACUGUUCAUCAUGUUUCAAAUGUUGAACAAUUUCCUGAAGUAAAAUUAGAACCUUCCACUAAUAUUGAAACUAUUAUUAUUCCAAAACAUAAUAGUAGAUCAGUGACUGUAGAUAAAACACAUGAAGAAAGAAAACCUCGAAAAUUAUCAUAUAUUGUUCCAAAUCCAAGUUUUAAAGUUAAUGAGCAAUUUUUACCUGACUUUGCAAAUGAUCAAAAUUUUCCUUUUUAUCCAAGUUUAAAUCUCAGACUAAAACGUCAAAUAGUAUCAUUAAAAAAUAAUAUUGCAUCAUCAAAGCAAUCUAUUCCAGAACCAGAAACAAACUCUGAACCUAUUAAUAAGCCAUCAUCAUCAGAACCAUCACCUGAAAUACAUUAUUCCACUAUUCUGGAAGCUACUUCAAAACAUAAAUUAUUAAUAUCUAAAUCUGAACCUGAAUCUGAACCAACAAACAACAAUAACUUAGAUAAGAUAUUAUCUUAUAAAAAUUAUCCUGAGAAAACUCCAUACACUCCUAGAGCUGAUUUUCAUGCUAUGGAUUGUACAGAUAUUGUAAUUGGUGUAGCAAGAGGAAGUUUAAGUAGAAUUGCAGAUUUUUAUACAAGGGACAGAUCAACACCAAAAAUAGAUUCAUAUUUUGGUGGUAAAGAUGAUAUUACAGCUGCUAUGGGAUAUGAAAUUGAUGGAAUAACAACAAUCUUAUUUAGGAAGAAACUUAAAGCAACGGAUUUUACAGAUCAUAGUAUAUCUAGUAAUUUAAUGGAUGUGAUUUGGGCACGAGGACAAGAACCAAAUAUGUACAUUCAUUCUCCCACUACUGGACUUGAAUCUGGAAAAGCUAAAAUAUUAGAUUUCUACAGACCUGAUGAAUUAAAAUAUCAUGGUCAUGGAAAACAGAGAGGAAAACUCACUCUUAAUUUCCUUAGUAAUAGUGAAGAAAAAUCAAAAAAAAUAACUGAUUGUAUGGGUGAGUGGAAGUAUCCAGAAAACUGUGAUGAAAAAUGUGAAUAUUCCGUGAAAUGGAAAUUUUUAGAUGCAACUGAUGAAAUUUCAUUUUCUGUUAAUACCAUUCAUACAGACAGAUGGACAGGAAUUGCUUUUUCUAAAGAUAAAAGAAUGUUGCAUAUUUUCAGAUGGCUAAAUGACUAUACGCCUCCAAAACUUGAUUUAAGUCAAGAUAUUUAUAACAUAUCUGGAGAACGCAAAAAUGGACAAACCACUCUUCAUUUUGUCCGAAAACGAUUCACAAUAGAUUUUGAUAAUGAUAUACGUUUCUCAGAUACUGAAUGCUCUUAUUUUAUGUUUCCUGUUAAAGGCGGUACAUUUAAUGCAAUAAGUAAAAAAAUUGGAAAACAUGAAACGACACCAAUAGUUUCACAAGAUAAAAUCUGUAUUCAUAAAUGUCAAAAUAAAGGAGCAACCAGUGAACCAGAACCAGAAAGCAAGCCAGAACCUAAAAGGGAACCAGAAUCAAAAAGUGAACCUGAACCAGAAAGUGAACCUAAACCAGAAAGUGAACCAAAGCCAAAAAGUGAACCAGAAACCAAAAGUGAGCCAGAGCCAAACAAUGAAUUGAAGUCAAAUCAAUUCGUUAGUUCUUGUUUAGGUGAAUGGAAAACACCAGAAAACUGUGAAGCACAUAAUUGUGAAUAUAAAGCAAAUUGGUUCUACAUUGAUGAAUCGGAUGAAAUUAUAUUCACUGUUAGUAGUAAAAGUUAUAAUAAAUGGACUGGAAUUGGAUUUUCUAAAAAUAAAGCAAUGACUGAAACAGAUGCUAUUCUUGGAUGGAUAGAGGAGACUGGACGUUCUUUUAUUAUGGACACAUGGCUGGAUUCUUAUUCAACUCCAACCAUUGAUCCAAAUCAAAAUAUUUAUAAUGCAACUGGACAAAGAGUUAAUGGAACAACUGUGCUGCAGUUUGUUCGAAAACACAACACAGGAGAUAAUGCAAGAGAUUUACAGUUUUCAAAUGACUGCUUCUAUUUUAUGUAUCCUGUACAUGGUGGAGUAUUCAAUACUGUCAAUAAAAGAAUAAGGAGACAUGAAUCUACACCAAUUGUUUCUAGUGAAAGAAUCUGUAUUCAUAGUUGUAGAUCAAAAGGACUUUCUACAUUAAAAACUAAAGCGACAACUUUGAAAAUUCCAUCUACGACAUAUCCUUCAACUGUUAUUUCUGUUUCCACUACUGUAAGUAGUGAAACAGAAAAGACUUUCCCAGUAAUACCAACAACUACUGCUGAUGUCAUUGUUUCUCCUGUUAAAUAUUCAGUUGAAGUAAAACUUCCCCAAAUGUGGAAAACUGGAUUAAAUGACAACAAAUCUUUUGAUUAUCAAAAACUUCAGCGACAGAUUUUACAAGAGAUGAAAUCAGUUCUUGGUCCUGUUAAUGGUUUUCAAGCUGUAGAACUUGAUAAAUUUGAAAGUGAUAAAACUGAACCAGAUGAUGUUAUUGCAAAGAUGAAAGUGAUAUUAUCCAAUAAUAUGUCAUCUAAAGAAGGCAGACAAAUUAACACUGAAGAACGAAGUAAACAAAAGGAUUUAUAUUCUGUGUUAAAUUCAACAAUUCACAAUGGAAAACUUGGAAAUUUACCUGUUGAUCCUUCACAUUUAAGCAUCAUUGCUUUGGCAUCUGCUCAAGACAGAACACCAUAUGAAGUACCUAUUGAUCAAGAAUCAACUAAAGAGGGUCUAACAGAUGAACAAAUCAAAAUUUACAUUAUCAUAGCUGGAGUAUUAGCUUUGGUAUUUUUAAUUAUUGUACAAGCUAGUUGCAUGAUUUAUCGUGACAGGAGGAAUAAACAAGGAUCUCAUACAAAGGAAAAGCUUUUAAAUAAUUCACACUGGAGAGAUUAUUCGGUCACCGCAAGCAGUAAUUAUAGUUAUGAAAAUUUUGCUAUGCAAGAAGAUGAAAAUAAAAUCAGUAAACAUCCAGUAGGUUCUGUAUCUAAUGGAAGUGCCUUGUCACAUGCAAACAGCGGGCUUGGACUAUCCAGAGUAGGUCCUCCUGAUAGGCCUCUGCCUCGUAAUAGUGGAUACAGUGCAACAUUUGAAAGAAUGGCAUUGAGACGUGGUAAUGGACAGAGUGGAUCAAGCCCACCAUCUUAUGCUACUCAUGAUAGAUCUAUGCGAUCAAUGAGUGCAAAUGCAUACAGCCAGCAAGAACUGCGGCCAGAUUUUUACUUUAUGCCUCAUCAGAGACGAUAUUCUGGCGAAGUAGUGAGAGUGUUUGUAGAUUAUAAUAAUCCUGAAUAUACGGGUAAAUGAAGAUUGCCUUGAAACUACAAAUAAAGACAUUUUAAAAAAA